AUGGCCACCUCCCUCUCCUGCCACCUCCCUCUCCUGGCCACCUCCCUCCACCUCCCUCUCCUGGCCACCUCCCUCCACUGCCACCUCCCUCUCCUGCCACCUCCCUCUCCUUGCCACCUCCCUCCACCUCCCUCUCCUGGCCACCUCCCUCCACUGCCACCUCCCUCUCCUGCCACCUCCCUCUCCUGGCCACCUCCCUCUCCUGCCACCUCCCUCUCUUGGCCACCUCCCUCCCCUGCCACCUCCCUCUCUGUUCACCUCCCUCUCCUGCCACCUCCCUCUCCUGGCCACCUCCCUCCCCUGCCACCUCCCUCUCCUGUUCACAUCCUUCUCAUUCGCCUCUUACGGAGUAGGACAUUGCCUCUGUGGUUCAUCUAUGUUCAUACUAUAUGUUACUGGCCCUAA